AAAGGCAAAAUGUGCAUUAAAAUGAGGCAAAGAAUUAGAAGGGGCAUUGGGACUAGCUGUAUGGGAAAUGUGAGUGACAUCAGUGUUAAGAAAGCAGUGUUGAGGUAACCGCUGCUUUGCCUUAAAGGAGAUUGGAGGGGGACUCCGCUGACGUCCUCUGAGUCUUUCUCAAGGAGAAACACGCUUAUCAACAAACAAGGGCGCCUUGGAUUGACGCUGGUUGCUUUAGUGGAAAUGUGUUUUAACGUUUUGCUGCCUGCAUCCAGUAUUCAGACUGGCGCGUGCGUUAAAAAAUACUCGAUGCAUUCUCUUCCCAUCGUCCAUGUUUCUGGACAUGCAGUCAUAACAACAACCUCAUCACCGAGACUGUGAAGGUGAUGAAGCUGAUGGUGAAAUGGUCAGAUCCGAGAGACUACUUGAGAAUAUAUGCAUGCACUUGAUGUGUGAAGGGCAAGGAGACGCAGAUUGCGGGUGGGUAAUGCGGCGUGGUUCAUGCAACUUCGCCCUGGCUGCCGCUCUUUACCAACCGUAUCGGGAGCAGCGGCGGAUGGGGUGACUUACCCGCAGGGGAAGACCCGGACGUGGGCCGCCACAUCCUGAAGCCAUCCCCGGGGUGUCUCCGUGGUGCUGGAGGGACGGGGGAAAGAUGCAGGAGGCGACGGCAGAUGGAGAGGAGCCCAUUCUGAACCGAGCUGAGAGGGAAGAGCAGCGUCCAGUGAAGCAGUCCUUGGCUGUCUCUCUGUGUCGUGAGUCUAACUGGAAGUGUCUUCUCCUCACUCUGCUCAUGUUUGGGUGUUUUGGUACAUUGGUCUGGUGCAAGCUGUGCAAAGUUCCAGUGCUAGCUCCAACAGAGCCAGAGGCUGCCGUUGUGGAGCCUGGAGACCCCUCUACGACCUCAGCAAUCUCCAAUGUCUAUAUCCCCUUAGAAGUGGAUCUGGAUAGUCCCUGUUCCAGCGGCUACAUUUAUAUUCCUCUCGCUUUCUUGGCCAUGCUGUAUGUGGUCUACCUGGUGGAAUGCUGGCACUGCUACUCCAAGACAGCCAUGUUGGCUCAAGCAGAGGUUGCAGAGGUGUAUGAGCGUGUACAGAGGCUGCAGCAAGCAACACCAUGCAUUUGGUGGAAGGCCAUCAGUUAUCACUAUGUGCGACGGACAAGACAGGUAACGCGCUACCGCAACGGGGAUGCCUAUACCACUACGCAAGUGUAUCAUGAGCGUGUAAACACGCAUGCUGCAAGCUCUGAGUUUGACUAUGCGAGGUAUGGCGUCAAAGAUGUUUCAAAGGAGCUUAGAGGCCUAAUGGAUUACCCAGCAAUACAGCUGCGCUUCACCAAAUGCUUUAGUUUCGCCAGUGCACGAGCGGAGGCUGCCUACCUCACCCAGCGUGCACGAUUUUUUGGUGAAAACGAAGGACUAGAUGAUUACAUGGAGGCACGGGAGGGAAUGCAUUUGAAGAAUGUGGACUUCCGUGAGCACAUCCUUGCUUUUCCAGACUCAUCCAGAAAGCCCUGGUAUGCCAGGUGUAAAAUUUUCUGGCUGGCCUCAACCCUGCUCCUGUCCUGGCCAUUUCGGGUUGUUGCAGAGUAUCGUACUGCAUAUGUGCACUACCAUGUAGAGAAAUUGUUUGGUGAGGCUGAUGAUAACAGUAGGGGUGACGUAACUGAGAAUGGUGGAGGCAACGAGAAUGGAAACGGACCUGGGUCUGGGACUGGAUCGAGCUAUCGUGCCAUUUCACGUGUCAAUACGGUAGACAUGACAGAGCUGGAGUGGCACAUUCGCUGCAACCAGCAGAUGGUGCCAAGCUACUCUGAGGCUCUGUUGAUGGAUCCUGGUUCAGGCGGUAACCAAGGUACCAACACUCCUCCAGUUGGGCAAGGCACUAACUCAACAGUGGGCGGCCCAACUCUUCCAGUGGCCUUCGCUUCGGCCUACUUGCUCCAGAAUUGUCCUCGUUGCCGCCGCACCACAAGCAGUGCUUCCCUGCCAUCCCGGCUGAGAGGCCCGACUGCAGCCCUGCUGAGUGGAACCAUGGGUGGGAUGAGAGCUAGUGGAUCAGGAGUUGGUCCUGGAGGACCGGGUCGGCUCGUUCUGAGCAGGAGUGGGUUCUCAUUAGGACGGCUCCAAGCUCCUCGGCCAUCAUCCCUCUUCCACUCCCGAAGUGUCGGUGGAGGACUUGCGACAAGAGGAGAAGAGGCAAGUGGGGGAGGUGGUUUCUUAGGUUUGGGAACCAGACAAGAUGAAGAGAGCAGAAGAGUGCUGGGGGGAGAGGUUGAUGAGGAUGAGGAGGUGCCAAAUGUGGUGGACAGAGAAGGAGUUGAGAGAGAUGGGGAGGAAAGAGAACAACAGGAGGAUGCAGAAGAUGAUGAAGCCAGGGAGGGAGACGGACCUCCUAGAUAUCAGGAUGCCUUUUUCUUCCCGGUGUUGAUUGUGCAUGGAGAGGAGAGUUGCCAUUCAGGUGAGGACAUUUCCUGAAGACCCCUCAUAAAAAAUUGCAUUGAGGAUGCAAGAAAAAAGAGAGAUGAUUAGAAAAGUCAUGGCCAAAAAGAAUGUGAAGUAAUUUGUCAGUUGAGCUAAUUCAGACAAACUUUGCAGAAUAUACUAUAGGAAAGAACAAGAGAUAUACAUACACUGUGAGUUUUUCAUUGUAAAUUAUGCAUGCAUAUGAAUGAGUAAAAAAACAAAAAAAAAAAGUUCAAAACCACAACGUGAAUGGUGACCACAGGAAACUGAAAAGAGACACACCAAUUUUUAAUAGAGAUGAAUCAAUAAGUAUUUGGUUGAAGAUUAGAGAAGGAAAAUAUUUCAACUCCAGGUACCUCGUGCUAAUAUUAUAAGUGGCCUGGCACCAAUGUUUUACCAUAAUAUCUAGCAUUUAAAAAAUAAUGCCAACAACUGGCCAAUAAAGUUUUUGAGACAGCAUUUUGGAGAAUGGUCAGUUUGAUCGGUUUAAGAUGGAUGCAUAAAUUGAACAAACAAUGAUUGAUGUUAAUAUAAACUUAUCUAUGCAAUAAAGAAACAGGAAGUGAGUGUUUGUAAAAUGAAGGGGAAUGCGGAAGAAAAGAAGAACAUUAAAUAAACUCUGGUCAUGGAGCAAAAUGCACCAAAAGGCAUGCUAUUGAAAGACAAGACCAUUGGAAAGUCUUCCAAAGAUAAUGAAGAGAACAGCUCAGUUCAUCAAGAGGAAUGUUAAUCUAUACACAUAGCCAACAAAGAGCUGUGUCCCACAAGUCAAAAAAGUUUUGUUUUUUAGAAAUAAAGGAAAAACAAGAAGAAAAAAAAGUGAAGAACCUUAUAAAUUUGCACAAAAUGUUGCGAUUCAACUUCUUGAGACAUUUCACUGUUGACAUGACAUUACAUUUUUUCUUUAAAAAUUCCCUCACUUUUUAAAUGGAUUUUUGGUAAAACUAAUGGAUACCAUUAAUAUUGCAAGGAUUAUUAUCAUAUUAAGCUGUUUUCUUGCAGCUUUAUUGAGAAUAUUUUCUUUCUGCAAGCUUGCAAGACCCUGUAAUAUGUUUUGGUUCACUUAUAAAAAAAAAACUAAGCUGAAACUACAGAACUAAACUAAAUCCUGCUUCUGUGAGGUGCUGUAAUCACUUUGUGUUCAC